AUGGACACAGACAUACACGCACGCGUGAGAGAAGGAUGGUGUGGCAAACAGCCAUACAGUAAUAUCAGUGGUAUCAGUGAUAUCAAUGGUAUCAAUGGUAUCAAUGUGGAUGUGCUUGGAGAUACAGGAGAUAGCCAUAGCCUAGUGGACACACAGACACAAAGCGCUGUUGAGGGAAAUGUGGGAUGCUUGUCGGCGGAUGUGAAAGCUUUGGUUGCAACGGCAUCGAAGAUUGGCACCAGGAUACAGUACCAGUAUGUUUCUGGUUGUUUAUGGUCAGGGGAUUUAGUACAGAUUACAUAUAUGCAUCGCAGUGGUAUAGAUAUAUGA